UGUUGUUAGAGAGACCAUCGUCCCUCUUCUUCGUACUCCGGAGCGAAAAAGGAUUCUCCUCUCUCUCUCUCUCUCUUUCUCUCUCUAUCUCUUUCUCUCCACCUCGUCGCUCCCGAAUCCUCCGAAUCAAAGAGAACAAGAGAAAAAAAAGCUCUUUCUCUCUACAAUGGAUCCUGGGGAUCUCCUCGCUUUUCUUGUUCUCUCGUGGGUUUUGUGCAUGGGCUUUGGGGGCGCUCAAGGCCAGUACAGCUCCGUUGUGUCCCGCUACAGCGAGCGCGAGCUUUGGCUCAAGCCCUACGAUUGGACGUACUUGAGAGUUGAGCUGCCGCCUUCGUUCUCCGCCGCCACCAUGAAUUUUAUGACUAACGUUGAUAUAGAUAGAGAGAAGAUAAAAGAUCUUCCAUUGGGCGAGCUGCCCAUUAUUUGUUUAAAGGAGGGCAAUCCUCCUAUCCCAGAUUUAUCAGAUACUUAUCUGGAUAGUUUAUUAUCAAACUUUCUUUCAACUGGAUCUUUCGGAGAUGCAAACAAUCUAUCAGAUGUUGGGCAAUGUGUACCAUUUCAGAAAAACAUGACAAUAACAUUGACGAAUGAGCAGAUAUCUCCAGGGGUGUGGUACAUUGGUUACUUUAAUGGCCUGGGGCCUUCCCGCACUCAAUCUAAGAUGAUUAGUCGAGGGAAAGCAUAUACGGUCAGCACCGGCAUAGUUAUACAAGGAUGCCCCAUGACGAACUUCUGGGGCCCCUACUGCAAUCAGACAAUCAGUAUGAUUUAUUGUAGCCAACCUUCAAUAUACAAUAAUUCGAGUCUUUUAGAUCUAAAUAUGCACAACUUGGAGAAAAAUGAAAUGAAUAAGGAAGCUAAUCAAAAACUGGUGGACUCCAAUAGUAGUUUCCUAGCGGCGGAGAGCUUGAUCAUGUGUAAUAAUUUGAAUGAGACAUCAUGUAUUGGUCUAGGGGAGCAAAAGUUUUACUUCUUGGAUGUAAUUAAUGUAGCCUCCCAGUUUACAAUUUCAUCCUUGAGUGACCUAGGUAAUUCGAGUGGGGUUCUCCUAAUGUGUUAUGUCCGCUACAAUGCAAUGCCACUUCUCACUUUACAUGAUUAUUCCGGUGAUAUAAGUAUGGCCCCAUUGAUUAUAAGGUCGCCAAAGAUUGGGCGAUGGUACAUUGCUGUCGAGGCUGUCAACCAGACAGUCGUGAAUGGGCUUAAUUUCUGUUUCUCUUUGGAUUGGCAAGUAACUGAGUGCUACGGAAAAGCUGGAACCAAUUGUUCUUGGGAAUCUUACAUUCUUCAGAGAAUUCCCAAACGGGGUCCAGCUGUUCCUUAUGAGUCUUAUUUUCUUCCAUCUGAUGGACUUUCAUCCGUGGGUUCCUUCCAUUUCAUCUUGGAGCCCCUCUUAAGCAAUUCCUCCAUUCAGCUAUCUGCAUGGACCUACUUCUUCCUGGAUGUACCGCAAGGCGCGGCAGGAGCCUUUCUACACAUUCAGUUCAAAUCGGAUGUAAUAACGAAUUAUGAAUUGUACUCAAAAUUUGGUGGCUUGCCAUCGAAUGAAACGUGGGAUUAUUAUUCAAGCAGCAGUAAUAGUAGCAAUAACACAGCUUUUUUAGCACUAAACGAUUCAAAGGGCGGAAGCAUAGAUUUUUAUAUUUUGUAUGCUAGGGAAGGAACUUGGGGCUUUGGACUGAAGCAUCCUCCUAAUGGUCAUAGUUCCCAAACUUCCAUGUCUAUUUCACUCGAGGGUUGCCAUAAAGGUUGUAAUUAUAACGGCCAAUGCCGUUAUUCAGUGGAUGAGAGUGGGUUGACAUUCUACAGCUACUGCGCCUGUAAUCGUGAUCAUGGAGGCUUUGAUUGCAGCAAUGAACUCGUAACACAUAAAGGGCAUGUAUGGCAGUCAAUCUUUCUAAUUGCCUCGAAUGCUGCGGCUAUUUUACCUGCAUUCUGGGCCCUACGGCAAAAGGCAUUUGCUGAAUGGGUUCUUUACACAUCCAGUGGAAUUUCAAGCGGUUUGUAUCAUGCAUGUGAUGUCGGCACUUGGUGUAUCUUGUCUUUCCAUGUACUACAGUUUAUGGACUUUUGGCUUUCUUUUAUGGCUGUCGUAAGCACUUUUAUAUACAUGGCUACCAUUGAUGAGGCCUCAAAGCGAGCAAUCCACACAGCUGUGUUUAUUCUCACUGCUCUUCUUGCUGCGACUGGUGCAACCAGGUCUUCGAACAUUGGUAUAGUGAUAGCGAUUGGUUCUCUUGGUCUUUUUAUUGGAUGGUUAGUAGAAUUCUCUACAGCUCUAAGAUUCAGGUAUUUUUCACGAAGAAUUGACUUUAAUGUUUCCCGAAGCUGGCAAAGCAUCAGAAGCAUGUUCUCAAAUCUUAUAAAAGUAGUGAAGAAAAGAUUCCGUUGGCACUAUUUACUUUUGGGGUUUGUUACACUGGCUUUGGCUGGAACAUGCUGGAAAUUGGAAACUAAUGCUAACUAUUGGAUUUGGCAUAGCUUAUGGCACAUCACCAUCUACACGUCGUCGUUCUUUUUCUUGUGCUCAACUCGCACAAAUCGAAGGAAUGACAGUCAAGUGCCCAGCUACGAGUUGGCCCAGGAGGACUCCUCACCGAGAUCAGAAUCGAGAGAAAUUUAAUACGUAUACGUACGAAAGAAGUUAUCUUAAUUUGAGUUCUUAUACUAUUAUUAUGGCAAGCUAAUCCAUUCGAUGCUAAAAAUGAUGUAGAUGUUACAAACAAAAGCAUCGGUAAAGGUAUUGCCUUAAUAAUACGCAGAGCCUGCUCGGCAAAGAAGUCGAGCUGCAAUUUGUUCUGUGCUUUUCUUAGGGCUGCAUCUUGCAGCAAUUGUACAUAUCAAGAUGCAGGAAAAGAAUGGUCUACUUAGAAUGCUUCUAAUAGCACAUGAAUAGUGUAUGCUAUCAACUUUGUAACUCUCAGAUGUCCGAGGUUUACUACUCUGUGGUUCUACCAGCGUGGAUCCGAGAGUUCAAAAGUUUAUAGCACGCACUAUUCAUGUGUUGUUAGUGGCAUUGUAUCGUGGACUAUUAUAUGAAUUAUAGGGUGUUUCUGUAGUCAUUGUUGAGAAAGUAAAUUUGUGAAAAUGAGAAGAAUUAAAGCAUGUAUUGUAGCGAAAGAUUUUCUUCGGUUAUUUGUACAUAUCAAUUGCCUGUUGUUUGAAUUUUUUUUAAAAAAAAUAAUGAAAAAGAAAGCUAUGUACUGUAUGGAUUAUAGUACUUUUGAA